AUGGCGCCUGCAGCAGAAGCUGCGACAGUGGACGGCAUGACGCCCAGCAAGGCGACAGCGGCGUCCGCCGCAGCAGCCGCGAUAGACCCUCUGACGUGGCGCAUCACUAGCGAACACCUGGAUCCCACCCUCCCUCAGUCGCGGAAGGUGCACCUUGUGGUGCUGAACUGGCACCUGCCCGCCCUGACGGCGCGCCUGUGGCAGCUAGCUUCCACGCGGCUCUGCGCCGACGGCGGCGCGAACCGCCUGCACGACGAGAUCCCUUCCCUGGCAGCGGCGGCAGGCAUCCAGUCGUCCGGCCCCGACGCCGCGCGCGCCGCGUUCCUGCCAGACCUGAUAAAGGGUGAUCUUGACUCGGUCAGGGCCGACGUGCGCGCCUACUACACGUCCCGCGGCGUGGCCAUGGUGGACCUGUCUGCUGACCAGGACACGACAGACCUGACUAAAUGUCUGGCCUACCUGGACGAGGUGAUCAGGGGCGCGAACGGCGGUGCGAACAGUGGUGCGAACGGAGGCGUCAACGGGAGCUGUGGCGAGAACGGCGGGACGGACUGUGCCGAGGCGCGCAGCAGUGGAAGCGGAAGGGGUGGCGGCGGGAGCGAUGGCAGCAGCGGCAGCAGCAGUGCGGCGGCAGACGCCCAGGCGAUGGCGCGGCGGCUGCGCGACGAGCAUGCAAUUGUUGUGCUGGGCGCCCUGGGCGGGCGCCUCGACCACAUCCUGGCGCACCUCAAUACGCUCUACUCGUUCCCCCAACUGGACAUCACCCUCUGCGGCGACGGCAACCUCGUGCGCCUGCUGCCGGCCGGCCGCUGCGUCGUGGCGCCGCACCCGGCCAUGGAGGGGCCGACGUGCGGGCUGGUCCCCCUGACGGGGCCGGCGGUGGGGAGCUCGCGGGGGCUGAAGUGGGACCUGGACAACACCGAGUUGCGCUUCCGCGGCCUCAUCAGCACCUCAAACAUCAUUGAGGGCUCCGAGGUUGACGUCACGGCCAACGAGGACCUGAUCUGGAUCACUGAGUUCAGGGAAGACACCCGGGGCACCCCCAGCGGCAGCGGCGGCGGCACGGGCAGCGGCACCGGGCACGGCGAGCCCAUCAGCAGCAGCGGCGCAUACGCGUAG